AUGACCAAAGCUCCAUCCCUGCUACUUGUCGGGCUUGUGGGCAGACAGCUGGGGCUCAGAGUGGGACUUCAGUGCGUUGAGACAGUGUCUUGUUCCCGGUGGGGUACGCCUGACAGCCAAAGUCUGCUCAAGGAUGGAGACGUAGUGAUUGGUGGGCUCUUUACUCUUCACUACGAACCUCCAGCUAUAGACAAUGACUUCACUCAGCUGCCGCACUACAAACCUUGCACUGGUUUAGAAAAUGUUCCAUUACAGUACAUACAUGCUAUGGUGUUUGCGGUGGAGGAAAUCAAUCACAGUACAAUGCUGCUACCAGGUGUGAAGCUAGGGUACCAUAUCUUAGAUAGCUGUGGCCGACCACCAUGGGCUCUCCAGACAGCACUGUCUUUGGUUGGAGGAGACAACGCCAUGUGUAGUUCAACAGACUCUCCAGAUUCUGCUGGAGAAGGAAUCAUAGAAAGGAAAGGUGCUCAUCGUGUUCCUGUGAUCAUUGGGGGUGCUUCAUCCGUAACAGGACAGAUACUCUCGAGAACCCUGGGGCCACUCUCUAUCAGCUACCUGUCGAGCUGUCCAUGUCUAAGUAACAGGCGUCAAUUUCCAAACUUCUUCAGGACCAUACCCAGUGAUAUUUACCAAGCCCGAGCUAUUGCCCAGCUUUCCAUACGCUUCAAUUGGACCUGGAUCGGAGCAGUUGUAGCAAAGAACGAUUAUGGUCUUGUGGCCAUAAAGGUUUUUCAGGAGGAGACUCAGGGGGCCGGCGUGUGUCUGGCAUUUGUAGAGACUCUCCAAAGGGAAAACAUUGUGAGUGAUGCCAGACGAGCAGCCCUCACAAUUCAGGCUUCGACUGCAAAAGUGAUUCUGAUCUUUACCUGGUACACAGAUGUGAGGGAACUGUUCCUGCAACUAGCCAAGAUAAAUGUGACUGACAGGCAAUAUCUGGCCAGUGAGGCUUGGAGCACCAGUGGUGAUCUUCUCCAAAAUGUUGUCUCAACUAAAGUAGCAAAAGGGGUUUUUGGUGUUGCCAUUAGAAGUUCAAUUAUACCUGGAUUUGAAAAUUAUCUCAAAUGGUUGCACCCAAUUCAUCGUCCUGAAGAUGAGUUCUUAAGAGAAUUCUGGGAGGCAGAAUUUGGGUGCAGUUCUGGGGCUUCACCUCUCUUUACACAUUCCUCUCCAUCUUUCAAAUCUGGAACCCCAUUAAAUAUUUCUACAUCAUCUCCUGCCAAUGGAUUUACUCAGAAAGGUUCUCUGCCUCUCUGCAGUGGGACAGAGUCCCUAGAGAGAGUGAAGAAUCACUUCACUGAUAUCUCCCAGCUUAGGGUGACAUAUAAUGUCUACCUUGCUGUUUAUGCUGCAGCCCACGCCCUUCACAGCCUCUUGUCCUGCCCUGAUAGAGAAAGCUCACCCGGAAACAACAGCUUCAGCUGUUCCUCUCCAAAAGAUAUCAAACCCAUAGAGCUGUUGCAGCACCUGAACAAAUUGAAUUUCACGACGCCACAAGGUGAACUGUUUUAUUUCCAAGGUGCCGACAUUCCAGCAAAGUACGACCUUGUCAACUGGCAAAACACCCCUGAUGGGUCACUCAAACUGGUUCUGAUUGGUCGUGUGGACGGGUUUGACCUCCACCUUAAUGAAUCAGCUAUUCAGUGGAGUACAGGAUACAAUCAGGUGCCAACUUCAGUGUGCAGUGAGAGCUGUCCGCCAGGUUCCCGAAAGGCCAACAGGAAAGGAGAACCUCUCUGCUGCUUUGACUGUAUCCAAUGUGCUGAAGGGGAGAUCAGCAAUACAAUUGAUUCUCUUCACUGUGAACUUUGUCCACAUGAGUUUUGGUCCAAUGCAGAGCGAACUGCCUGCAUCCCUCGCCAGCUGGACUUCCUUUCCUUUAAUGAAACCUUGGGCAUCACCUUGACUACAGCAGCUGUAUCUGGUGCUGCGGUGACAACAGCUGUGUUUGUAGUGUUUCUUUACUACCGUCAAACACCUAUGGUGCGAGCCAACAAUUCAGAACUGAGCUUCCUGCUUCUCCUGUCCCUGAAGCUGUGCUUCCUGUGCUCACUGGUGUUCAUUGGUCGUCCAUCAGUCUGGUCUUGUCGAUUCCAACAGGCAGCUUUUGGGAUCAGUUUUGUACUUUGUGUUUCCUGCCUCCAAAUCAAAACUAUAGUUGUUCUGGCAGCUUUCCGCUCAGCUCGGCCAGGUGCUGGAGCCUUGAUUAGGUGGUUUGGUCCAGGCCAACAGAGAGGAAGUGUCUGUUUUCUUACUUGUGUACAGAUUAUCAUCUGUGCGACAUGGCUGUCCCUCAGCCCUCCUGUGCCUCAACGUGAUCUGGGUUUCCAAGGGUCAACGGUCACCUUGGAGUGUGCCAUGGCCUCUGUGGUGGGCUUCUCUCUGGUUCUGGGUUACAUUGGUCUGCUGGCCUGCACCAGUCUCUUCCUGGCCUUUCUUGCUCGGAAACUCCCUGACAACUUCAACGAGGCCAAACUGAUCACUUUCAGCAUGCUGAUAUUCUGUGCUGUUUGGAUAGCUUUUGUUCCUGCUUAUGUUAGCUCUCCUGGGAAGUAUGUUGUUGCUGUGGAGAUCUUUGCAAUCCUGGCCUCUAGCUAUGGUUUACUGCUCUGCAUUUUUGCCCCAAAAUGUUUCAUCAUUCUCUUCAGGCCUGAGAAAAACACUAAGAAACACCUGAUGGCCCGUUGA